CUCCAAUGUUGAGAUAUCAUUAUGCUGCGAAAGCGAUUUCGAUAUUGGAGAUUCCAAGAUUCAUCUGUUAAGUUUAAAAUAUACUACUGCAUAAAUUGCUUUCUUUAGAAAUGUCUCAAGCGUUUGGUGCUAAUACUAGCCGAUCGUAUGGAGACACGGCCGUUCAGAGUAAUGCAGGCUUUCCUAGAAAAGAUCAACGACAAGAAGAACUUCAAGAGAUGAUUGAAAGAAACAUAAAACAGAUCAAGGCCAAUACUGCUGAACUUGAGAAAAUCCUUGAGAAGAUAUCGUCUGGAAGAGAAAAUGAAUUACUAGAAAAAAUAGCUCGCGUAAUUCAAGAAACAAGUACUGCAGCAACAAACGUUUUGAAGAAUAUGGCUUCUUUAGAUUUGGGUCAGCUUUGUGCUUCUUCACCGCAACAUAGAAAACAGCUUGAGCGUCUACAAGAUGAUUUCAGAGAGACUGUUUCAAAAUACUACUCUGUACGAAAUAAAAUAGCUGAUCAAGUAAAGCCAUUAGUCAGCCUUAGCUUAAGUCAAGACCAAACUCAGCAAAAAACAAUUUGCAUUCGAAUAAGCAAGAAAAACUCUCAAAGCAAAAAGGACAUAAAGCUGUUGAUGAAGCCAUUAUUCGCGAAAGAGAAGCUGCUGUACUUCAGCUUGAGGCAGAUAUAUUAGAUGUUAAUGAMAUUUUCAAUGAUUUAGCAAGAAUGGUUCGUGAACAAGGAGAAACGAUUGAUGAAAUUGAAAGAAACCAUGCUGUUGUUGAAGAUCCGAAUAUAAGAUGCGAAGCUGCAUUCAGGGAACUUCAAGUAUGUUCAUGAAAUGUAUAGAGCAACUCAUUCACAUCCAAUGACUGGUGAUAUUUCGCCCCAUGACUAGGAACUGAUACAGAGCAUUUCUGGRAUCAGGAUUACAAUCCAGAUUUGAUUCCAUGUUUGACUCAUAGGCCACCCAACUUUUACUUGAGAGAAGGAAAAAAAAAAACUAAUGCGCACGCUUUUACGCUAGUAUUAUUAUUCAGCAAAACCUUAGUAGGGCAAGUCCAACGUCCAAAGUCCAAGGUCAAACGUGGAAUCCCACAUGUACCGACUUCAUCAAUAUCCGUACAAAUGAGACAACAAUGAGCAGAAACAAAACAUUGGUGUCAUUUGCAUUGAGUUUGUUACAUGUGAGAAGUGUUGUGAUAAAUUUGAAUUGUUAAGUAGCUCCCCUGCAUGCAUCUCGCUUUUCCAGUUUUUCGAUCGAAUAAAUCAUAUAUCGUCCGUGCCCCUUCACUCGAAAGUCGUCUUCCGGAGCGCGAACACUCAUUCGAGUUCGCUGUGGAAAAAUAGGUAAGAGAGGAAACGCCUGCAGAGGAAGUUAACUUUAAGUACAUGCGACCUUAGUGGGCAAACGACUCGUUGUGAGUAAGACUAUUUGACUAUCUUUUCAGGCUGCAAGAUACCACCAGAAAAAGCAACGGAAAAAGCUGUGUUGUUUGUUGAUUGUAGUUAUCAUAACUUUAACAGCUAUUGCAUUUAUAAUCUACUACAGCGUCAAGGCUUAGUAAGCAUUGAUUAUUCGGAGUGGCAUGGCUUAUUAUCCUGCUGAAAACGCUUAUUGUGCGAGUAUUGAAUUUUUCGAAAAUUGAUAGUGACAUUGAACUGGAAGAUCAAAAAUAGCCUGUUUUUGUAAUUACAAAGAUAAUAGAAUGAAGAGACUGAGGCUUUGUAUGUAUAGUUUUCGUGUUUGUGGAACAUUUCAAAUGUUCAUAUAGAUGGUCUCAAUGGCAAUAACUGCCAACCGUCCGCAAACUUUACCGAGAUGCACCAUGGCAUUGGCGAAAGAGUUGCUGCGUUUACACGAGCAAAGGAACAUUGUCAAGGAUGGAAUUGUCAAGGAAAACUUGUUGACCAUUUAGACGGACAAUUUUGUCAAGAAACUUGUCAAGGAAAAAUUGCUCGUGUAAACGGCGCAGUAAAUAGCCACGAACUACCCGAUUGUGACUUUUGGGACAAAAGGUGGACAUUUUCAAUCGGUGUUUUCAAAAUCCCGACAAUGCUCGCAUUAAUUGCACAAUUAUGGAACAUCGCAAAACGAACAAACGACAAAAACAACAGAAACUACAAAUAUGAAAACGAAAAUAAAAAAACUGCGCGUAAACAACACCAGUUCCUUUACAAAAAUAAAAAC